AUGUUUAUUCCACUUGUGUCAUACCCUCUUUUCCCAGUAAAAGAUUCGUCCAGAAAACAAAAGUGCUGUGUGAUACUAUCCGAAAUCCCGUCUCCUAAAAAUCACAAAUUUGAGAUCAUCAGUCGAGAAGUUAUUGAUGGACAAUCACUGGUAUUGGGCCGAUUUGAUAAUAAAAAUGUUAAAAGGCAUGCUUUUAUUGGGUUCCAGAGUCCAUCAGUAAGCCAGUUUCAUGCCAAGAUUUUAGCAAAAAAAGGAAAGCUUUACAUCAAGGAUAUAAAGUCAUCUUUGGGAACCUUUCUUAACGGGUAUAGAUUAAGCCAGAGUUUUCAAGAAUCUAGUAGAUAUCCAUUAAGAGAUAAUGACAUACUUCAGCUAGGACAAGUCUCUGAAAACGAUGGUAUAGAUACAAAUAAGCCUGUUCUCAUGAAACUAAGGAUCAGACAAAGAACUAAUGCAUGGAAUUAUCAUGGUGACUUGUAG